UAAUAACCUACAAAAUAUCAAAAUAAUCCUUCUGUUUGAAAAUAGUUUAGAUAUUUAGGAGUACGCUUCUAUCUGAAAAAAAAAGAAAAAAAUAUAUAUACAUACAAGAUGGAAAGUCAAGAUAGAAAUGUUUUGGAUGUUGAUGUUGGUUUGUUAAUAAGAUUAGUACAACAUUUCCCUCAUAUAUAUGACCAUACACACAAACACUUUAAAAACGGUAUAUUAAAGGAAAAUACUUGGAGAAGAAUUGCUGGCACUAUUAAAGUACCCGUUGAAGAUUGUCUACGAGUUUGGAAAAAUUUGAGAGAUAAGUUUACUCGAGAACAAAGGAUUUUAAAAAGUCACCCUCGCGACUGUCAAAAUUUAUCAAAAUGGGAAUUUUAUGAUGCAAUGGAAUUUCUAAACCCUUAUAUAAAAAGGAGGCGAACAGUUACAUUGCGGAAACGCCCCUCAUUUAUGCAAAUUACCGCAAAAGAUAAUUCAAAUCCGCCAUCUCCUACUUCGAGUGUAAAAUUAUGGGAUCCCAUAACUGUUAAAUUAUCACCUGAAUCUAUGACACUACUUGAAGGAGAAUUUGAUGAUGGUUCUGGUGAAAUGGAAGAGGCCACAUUUGAGGCUGCUGAACUGUCAGAAAUUUCAACAAGAAUUAAAGAUGAUACAGAUCAACAGAGUACAAUAAAUAUAGUACGCCAUCAAACUUCAGAAGAAGCCUUUGGUGCUUAUAUAGCCACAAGGUUGAUGGAGUUUCCUCCCGAAAUCAGGCAAAUUAAGAAAGCAAAAUUGUUUAAAGACUUGGAAGAACCAGAAGAUGUAUCCUAAAAUAUUUAUUAAAUGAUAUUUAAUGUUA